AUGGGCAGCCCCAGUAUGUUUGAGACAUUGUUCAGUCCUGUGCAUCAGCCUGGCUCAGGUCUUGGAUUGGCAAUGGUCUGUGCAGAUGAAAAAGUGCAGUUUCCAUGUGCAAUAAAGAUUACAUGUGUGACCAAGGAUCUGUGCAAAACAAGUGGUGCAGAUAAGAAGUCAGGAGGGAAGGAUGGAAAAAUUAGGGAAACUGAGUGUGCACUUGUACGCAUAGAUCCUCAGGAACAUGUGCUGAAGAAAAUUGGAAUUUCCUUAACUGGUUACAAAAGUUAUUUGGAUUUGGAGGAAGUCACCUCUCCAGACAUAGCUGUGUUGCAGGACAUCUCAUAUGAUUUUGGGGAGCUACUGGCAGAAGAGUGGAACGACACAGCUGCACUUCAUUCUCAUAGCCCAAACUCAGAUUCCACUGGGAACUUGGCAGGCAAAAAUAGGAGCAAUUGUCAUAAUAAUGAUGAAGGUAACGGGACAGAAUCAAAUAAUGCUACUCUUGAGAAAAAUCACUUUAACUUCCAAUUAGAAAAAGUGAAAGAAAAUGUCAAUUUAACUAUGUGUGAAAAUGAAAGAAAACCAGAAAACAGUUUAUACUGCUCAUCAAUGGGUUCUGCUUUGAAUUUCUUGAAAUUUCUUGGUGUUAAUGGCACGCCCACCGAAACCUUCUUGAAAGACUCAGUGAAUUCCUUUGAAAAGCUUUUUGACAACCAUUCCCUCUGGGAUAUCAACAUAAAGAAGAAUUUUGUCAAAAUUUUGCCCUUGGUUAUGAAGGGAAUAAGCUCAGUUGCAUUAUUAACAGCUCUUGCAUCUCCAGAAAGGCAGCCCCACACUGUGGUUCGAAACUCUACAGUGAUCCAAACUAAUCUCAUCAGUCCAGAAUCCUUUGCAAAGAAUGAAACGCUCAAGUUAGAAGCUCAAGGAGACCAAAUGGCCAUCCACCCCAGAGCAGUGGCUGCCACAACCACAGAUCCGGUUGCUGUGGCUUUUGUAUCGUACAGUGGGCUGGAAUCACUCCUAGAAGAGGCUUUACUGCAGAAUGAAACUUUACUGGACAACGAAAUGCUGAUGAAUGUUCAUGUGAACUCUAGGCUGGUAAGCGCUUCCACCAGCAGCAGCAUAAGGAACAUCUCUAUCCCGGUCAACCUCACUUUUCAGCACCUCAAGAUCAGAGUUGCCCACCAGAGGGGAAUCUGUGUCCACUGGAACUCUGGUGCCUUGUCCCGUCGUGGUUGCCAAGAGCUCUUUUCUAACAUCACUCAUUCGGGAUGCAGCUGUCGGUAUCUGUCCAACUUUGCUCUGCUGAUGGCCACAACUCAUAAACAAGGAGAUCCAAUCCUCUCCAUCAUUAGCUACCUCGGAUUGUCCAUCUCAGUCAUCUGUCUCUUCCUGUGUAUUGUCACAUUUCUCUUCUGCCGCUCCAGCCACAACAGCAGCACCUUCAUCCACCUACAACUGAGCCUCUGCCUGUUUUUCGCUGACCUCCUCUUCAUAACUGGAAUAGAUCAAACAGACCACAAGGUAUUGCAGAACCUGGAAGAAGGUGUGAUACUCUGCUCACCUGAGAGAUAUCUGAUCACAUCUGAGUGUGUCUCCUACCUGGUUUAG